GUGGAAUUGUGCUCGGAGCUCGGCCACGGGAUGGAGCGAUUUGGCUCCACGGUCAUCUGCCUCGGUUGCGGGGCGUUUAGUGUGGCUGGAGGCCGCAAUCGGAAGCUGCGUGCCCAGUGCAGGGGUCAUUCGGACGUAGCUUCUACGCGUGCGAACGAGGAGAUGCAGAUCUCACGUGCGAUGCGCGGGCUGCACCCCAG